GGCAACAGGGUGGGAAAAUUGCUGCUGCUCUUAUUUCCUGUGAAAUACGGUACAAGGGUUGGCCCUGGUUUGGUCCACCUGCCAGCGGAGUUUAAAGUUUCCAGGGCUCGGAGGAACACAAUGACUUGGAUCGAACUGCCUAAAUGAAAAGAAGGGCAUUUCUGCUACAACAAGGAAGCCGUUAAACUCCUGCUAAGCUAACCAUCUCUUUUAUGCGUCCAUGCACACGACCGACCUCCUCUAUCACUGACCAGGGAUUAUUUCUGACAAUCCAGGAUAUUUCGAAAGCUUGGAGACAUAUGGCUGGAAAAUGAAACGACCCUGGGAGUGUGGCCACAUCAUUACUUUGUGUCGCGUGGUACCAGAUGGGCAAUCAGUGAAUGAUGCAGAGAUGUGAACGGACAGUUUUAUAAUGUGAAUUUUCCCCCCCAUAAGGCCAAAACAGACUUCAUUUCCCCCUCUUUUCUUUUGGUUUAUAACACUUGGAUUUUCUCCUCUCUGCAAUAUCAAUUAACUCAGUUUGGCGGAGGGGUAGCCAAAAAAGAAGAGGAUGAAGCGAUCUCUAAAAUCUUAGCAAGUGUCGGAGGAGCCAUUGCCCCCAGGAAACUGCGGCUGCGACCCGCUUCGUCCUGCGCGGAUUUCAGGGUUGAGAACAGCGCAAAGCGGUUAUGGAGCGGACGGUGCACUCCAUCCGCCGAGGAUAGAGACCCAGGCGCCGGGAGGGGUCCGUUCAUUUCGCCGCAGCCUUGGAGGCCGCUGCUGCCUCUCAUCCGCUGCGUUUCGUUACCAUUAUCCUCGUUCUUGAAAAGUCAUGGAAGACAGCCCGCUGCCAGACCUCAGAGACAUAGAGCUGAAGCUGGGGCGCAAAGUACCCGAGAGCCUAGUGCGCUCGCUCCGUGGGGAGGAGCCGGUUCCCCUGGAAAGGGACGGGGACCCCUGCGGGGGGAGCGGCGGCGGCGGCGGCUGCAGUAGUAGCAACAGCAGCUGCAGCUUCCCUCCCUCCUUGUCGUCCUCCUCUUCGUCCUCUCCAACCUCUGGCUCCCCCCGUCGUAGCCACUGCAGCGCCCUGGAGAGGCUGGAAACCAAGAUGCACUUCCUCAGGCAAGAGAUGGUUAACCUCAGAGCAACAGACGUCAGGCUCAUGCGCCAGUUGCUUGUUAUCAAUGAGAGCAUUGAGUCCAUCAAGUGGAUGAUUGAAGAGAAAGCCACCAUUACCAGCCGAGGCAGCAGUCUGAGUGGGAGCCUGUGCAGUUUAUUGGAGAGUCAGAGCACCUCCUUACGUGGCAGCUACAAUAGCCUCCAUGAUGGCAGCGAUGGGCUGGAUGGCAUCUCCGUGGGGAGCUUUCUGGACACUUUGGCAGAUGAUGUCCCUGGCCAUCAGACCCCAUCAGACUUGGACCAAUUCAGUGACAGCUCCAUAAUAGAGGACUCACAAGCCCUGCACAAACACCCUAAACUGGAUUCUGAAUACUACUGCUUUGGCUAAUGACCCAGUUUUUUGCAUGGGAUUGGUGUGCAAUUAACUCGUAUUUAUCCUUCUCCGCUGCUAUAUUUUUGGUGUGAUUUUUUUUAUAUGACAACCUUUUUAAAAGAAGCUUAUUUUGAAACUGCUUGAUGAUAAUUCUGUUGCUCCUAAUAUUUCUCAUCUGGACUGAUUUAUCUUUCUCUCUUGCAUCUCUAUUUUUAUUUAUUACAAUGAUUUUUCUCCCUUUUACAGUGGCACAAAUAAAGUAGGGGGGAAAAGAAUAAGCAAUAAUUAAGUUUUUGCUUUUGUUUUCAGGGCAAGGGGUCAGGAAUUACCAAAAAAAAAAAAAAAAAGUCUUUGCUAAAUUUUACAAUAAACCAAAGUCUGAUAAC